UAGUCCUUCGAGCCGCAGCAUGGCCAGUGCAAGCAGCGAUGGCGACUUGCGCCGGGAGAACGACCACCUGCUCCAAGAGGUCGAGCUGUACCGCGGCGUCAUCUCGGUCAUGAAGGAAGACUUGAACGUCAAGGCCGAGCAGAUCGAGCACAUCUACAAGAGCCUCAAAGCGUCUCUGGUGCACAAGGCGCAGUCGCUCGAAGCCAACCAAAAGGUGUUGCAGGACAAAGUGAGCCAUCUCGAGUGCGUCUUGCGAGCCAAAGACAUCAGUUUUGCGCGCGUUCGAAAACACCUUGAGGAAGCCACUGCGCGAUUGCAACAGCACGAUCACUCCGAUUCGCAGCAGCCGUCGGCCUGGCUCGUCGACGAUGUGGCCCACCGCAUCUUUGGCUUCCUCGACAGCGCGAGCUUGUGCGCUGCCGCAGCCGUGCAACGCUCGUGGUAUGCGAUGGUCAUGCUCGACAGCGUCUGGGAAGCUCUGUACUGGCGCCAAUGGUCGGCGCUGCUGCCAUUACGACCCCAGCCGCCAUCUCUAGAGAACCAGGCCUCGGACCACGCGUGGCUUGAUCACUGCCGUGACCGCUACCUUCUUGAGAGAAACUGGCGCCUUGGAAAAGCCGUCAUUACAACGUUAUGUGGCCACACCGGCACUGUGACGUGCCUUCAGUUUGACGACACGCAGCUCAUCUCGGGCUCGGACGACGGUAGUCUCAUGCUGUGGUCGCUAGCAGCAUCCCGAAGCAAUGCCGAUGCGGAUCUAACGGGCCUCGACCGUGCCAAUGCCUUACCUCCAUCGAUGCUAGCGCAGCAACAUCACCGCCAGACGCGAACCGUGCACAAGCUCCACUCGUUUUACGGCCACGGCGGGCCUGUCUGGGCCCUCCACAUGUAUGGCAACCACACGCUAGUGAGCGGCUCGUACGACAAGACUGUCAAGCUCUGGAACCUCCAGACGGGAAGCUGCGUGCGCACGCUUCGCGCCCAUACCGGUUGGGUGAGCAGCCUCGACAUGCACGCCGGCAAAAUUGCCAGCGGCAGCUGGGACUCGUGCAUCAAUCUAUGGGAUGCCGACUCGGGCGAGCUCCUUCGUACGCUGUUAGACGUCCCGGCCAACCCGAUCUACUGCCUCAAGUGGGAGCCAGAAACGAACGCCAUCGUCGCCGGCUGUCGCAGCCACGGCAUCCAAAUCUACGACGUCGAGUCGGGUCGAUGCACGCAGACAUUUACCGGGCACGUUCGCGGCAACCAAGUCAACGGCAUCAAAGCCGACGCAACGACCGUGCUGUCCGGAGGUUCGGACGCCACCGUCAAGCUAUGGGACCGACGGGACAGCUCGUGCACGCACACGCUGCACGGCCACUCUGGCGCUGUCAUGUGUGUCGAGAACGUUGGCGAGCAUACGGUCGUCUCGGGCGCCUAUGAUAUGACCAUCAAGUGCUGGGACAUCCGCCAUAUCGCAGCGCCCGUGACGUCGGUACAAGGCCACUCGUCGGCCGUCUUUGCGCUGCAAGCCGAUGCGACCAAGAUCAUCUCGGGCUCGGCCGACACCACCGUCAAGAUCUUUAAUUUUCAUCAUUAACCGUGUACAAAUGGGUCAUUGCCG